AUGAAUAAUCAAACAAGUAAUACAUCGUUUCCAUUAAAUGGUCAAUGUUUCGUUAGUCAAACUCAACGUAGUAUAACUAUGCCUGUUUUAAUCAUAUUCGCUCUACCAUCAUUGAUCUGUUUUCUCAUAAUCUUUUAUUAUUUUAUUCAAUUACGUAAACAAAUGCUUUUUGAUCGUAUCAAUCAUCAUGUUAUUUUAUUGAUAUUAAUCUUUGAUUUUUUGUUAAUUGCAACUGAAUUACCAAUUACAUUAUCUUAUCUUGGCUUGGGAUAUGUUCAAACAUCCAAAAUAUGUACGUUUUGGGUCUAUUGGGAUUAUAUACUUGAAACCACAUCUCUAUUUUUAACCAUGUAUGCAUCUAUUGAACGUUAUCUAUUGGUAUUCCAUAAAAACAGUUUUUUAAAACGAAAAGUAUUAUUUCAUUUUGUUCCAAUGGUAAUUGCCACUUUUUACAUUCCUGCUCUGUAUAUGUAUCUGAUCGUUCUUUCUCCAUGCCUACGCAAUCAUCAAUAUGAUUUAACAGCAUUUGGUUGUGGUGGUGCAUGCUUUUUUGCUGAGACCUCAGUUAAUACAUAUGACACCGUUGUUGACACAAUGUUACCCUGUUUUAUUGUAUUAAUUUUUAAUCUAUUAAUGAUUGGUCGUGUUGUCAUCCUGAAACGAAAAGUGGCUACAUCAGUAUCAGUCUCUAAUACAUUGAAACGAAAUCAUCGAAUGAUUAUACAAUUAUUAGCCAUCAGUUUAAUGUGUUUAAUAGCCUGGAUGCCUUGGAUUGUCAUAAUUAUUGCACAAAAUUUUUUUGAUCCAUCUUUUGGUACCUGGUUUAUUACUUAUAUUCUUCAUUAUUUACCGUAUUUAACAUCUUCCGUAUCACCAUUUUUAGCCUUGAUCGGUUUACCAGAAAUCCGACAACGAUUGAAGAGACAAGUGAUAACUACUAAAAUUACUACUACUUCACAUCCAAUGAAUGAAACGUCAACAACAGUAGAAAAACGAAAUGAGGGAAACAUGACUAGCGUUGAAUUGAACACUAUUGGACUUGAUAGCAUCACUGCUGAAACUACCUAA